UGUGCCAACAAAAACCCGUUCUGCUGCCAACUGCCAGCAGUGUCGGCUUCACUCGAACCGCAGCCGGAAAGUCGGAGUACAAUAUCUCUGGUAAAGAUUGUAAAAAAGAUAAGAGUGAUGGCAGCUAGCAGGGAACAGAUCGAAGAGCUCUACGAGUUCAUCCAUCCCUUGGCCGUACGUGCCGGGGAGAUCCUUCUCGAGGGCUAUGAGAAUGCUGGCAAAGCAGUGUCCUUGAAGGACGGGGAGUUCUACAAUGUGGUCACUGCCUACGACAACCAGAUUGAGGAAUUCCUCAUGGAACAGAUUCUGGCCAAGUACCCGGAUCACAGAUUCAUUGGCGAAGAGGACACCCACAAAAAUGACAACAUAACCAAGGAGCUGACAGACUCCCCGACCUGGAUUAUAGAUCCCAUCGAUGGCACCUCCAACUUUAUCAAACAGAUCCCUCACGUCUCCGUCUCUAUUGGAUUGUCGAUCAACAAACAGAUCGUCUUGGGAGUCGUUAAUAAUCCUGCCCAGAAAAAGCUAUACACUGCCAAACUGGGCCAGGGAGCGUACUGCAAUGGAGAGCCCAUCCGGGUGAGCAGCUGCGAAAGCAUCAACGACGCCAAUGUGGCCUAUGAGGUCUGCCUACUGCACGCUCCCAAGAUCCGGAAUAAGCACAUCAAGCGGAUCUACCACGUAGGAUCCAAUGCCAGAAGACUCCUAGCUUAUUCGGCUGUGGUGGACUCCCUCUGCAUGGUGGCCGCUGGCAACUUGGAUGCCUUCCACAUCGAGGACAUGUAUCCGUGGGACUGUGCCGCUGGCUACCUUCUCAUCUGUGAGGCUGGCGGAGUGGUCACUCAUCCCUAUGGAGGACCCUUCCAAAUCAUGAAACCGGACCUAAUCUGUGCAGGAACAGAGAAGCUAAGAGCUGAGAUAGAACACCUCAUAAGGAAAGCUGACCAAGAGCCCCAUGUGGGUGGAAGUGGAAUUUGAACUCUUUUGGGCCAGGGUCUCGUUAAAAAAGAUAAACCAUCAAAUAAAGUGCAAAUCAUGAGAUGAAAAACACAAAA